GUACAAUUUACUAAUAAAGUGAUUUUUCCGUUUGUGCUGCUAGUGAACUAAUUAAAUUUGCAUAAAGAAUUGACGACGCAAGCUAUGCGUCUAGUUUUGUUGUUAGUAAUUGCUAUUUCUCGUUAAUUUUCUGGUGGAUGUUAACCAAAAUAGCUAAAGGAAGGUCGAGAGAUGAAACUGUUCAGUAAAUCGUUGAUAGUCGGUAGAAUAAAUCGAUAUCUGCGUAAAAAUGUAAAAGAUCAAUCUCCCAACAUCCUGCGGCUUUGGGCCACACAAUGUGAGUUCGUGUUUGCACAACAGCUUCGUAGGAGCCAGCAGAUUUUUGCUCUUUACGCUAAAAUCUGGGACGAGCGAGCCCUGCGGGAACUGCUGCGUCGUUUUCGCGGACAGGUUCAGCGCCAUGCAAAAGGUUUUCUGCUUUCGUCAGUAACGCUGUUGGCCUUUGACUGGGAUCGGGAACGAAUUAAGUAUGAAGACGUUAAGGAUUAUUUUGAUGACUUCAAUUUUCUCGAACGGCUGCAGAAAGAAACGAUUUUUUGUCCGCGCUGCCAACGACGGAAAGAAAUCGAUUGCCGAAUCGAAGGAAUCCGGUAUUGUUGCUGCCCCAAAAACGUAACCGAUAUACUGUCGAAGGAGAAAAAUGAAUUCACUGCCUGGGAACCGUACAUAGAACAGAAGAGUAUGAUUACUUGGCGCCGAGAGGUAAAGCCCGGCUUAUUCGCGUAUAAAGUUUAUGUGGAGUAUCCAGAUAUCACGGCAGAAGAUUUUCUGCACGUCCAAACUGAUGUUGAAUACAGGAAAAAAUGGGACAAUACAGCAGUCAGUUUAGAAAUUGUAGAUGAAGACGCAUCUAAGGGCUCAAACAGUCACAUCAUUUAUUGGGAGAUGUUGUGGCCUAAAUUAUUCGCUAACCGUGACUACGUAUAUAAUCGAAGAUACUUCGUGGAUCGGUCUAAAAAAGUAAUCGUAAUUGUCAACAAAAGCGUCCAACAUCCAAAAUGUCCGCUAAAACCAAGCAAUCAACGUGUGAACGAGUACUGGAGUUUUAUGGUCAUCAAACCGACGACUAGUUUCACCAUGCCGGGUGUUUCCUUCAUCCUGACCUACUUUGAUAACCCUGGUUUAUCGAUUCCGAGAUACAUAACAACCUGGGUAGCCAAAAAGCAAAUGCCGGAUUUCUUACAUCAGUUGCACAAGGCAACUAUCAACUAUGCUGCAGCAAAGAAGCAAAACGAAACAAGAAUAGUUGAGUUCUGGGAUAAACAUCGUGAUCCCGGAUUUGAGUAUCCCCCUGAUUAUCUACCUGGCUUUAGCAGCGAAGAUUAUCUAGAGGCACAGAAUGAAAAUGAUACGAGCACGACUUUUCAAGAAGCAAAUCCGAACACCAAACUUGCAGUAACGAAAAUGACAGUAACAAACAUAAACGGAACUACCCAGCCUCUCUCGAAAACAGACAGAGGACAGAUCCUAGACAGCAAUCUAGCACCGCAUGAAACUCCUCCAGUGCCAGAUGGUGCCACCGAUGCGAUAGCAACCGGGCCAUCCUCCCCAGCACCAUCAGCAGCAACGCAGGAUGAUUGUGGGGCGCAAAAGACUUCCUGGUGGAGUUAUCUCUACUCAUAUCUGUAUUUCGUUUAAGCAUGCUCCAAAGCCGAUUGUGGUACCAGCGACUCUACACGUCAUCAAUUCGUGCAGUUUCUAUGUUUUUAUGGUUAAAAAUGUUGACAAUGUAGAGUUCUAACCAUUCAAACUCUCUCUCUGGACAGUACAGAAUAAUUGUACCGUUUGCUCGAGCAGGUGCUGUUUCUUAGACCUAAACCUAGACCUAAUCAAUUGGAAAUCAAUUUAACGCCAAUUCAUCUGCCAUCAAAAAAUAAUCUAUUUAGUUGUCUGUUUAGCUCGGAUUGUCUAGUCUGCGCCUUUCCAGUUCACAGCAGGAUGCCGAUUAAGCGGAAAAUCCGGCGCAUGUUUUAACACUGUUCUGUUAAAUUAGAAGGAUGACAAAGUUUACUGCUGUUAAGCAUACCAAAUAUUGUGAUCAUAACAACAGAGUCACAUUAGGAAAAAAAACAAUGCAAUAUUAAUAUUUUUAAGAAAUCAUAAAUUAGGUUUUGCAUGUAAAUAAAAAAUAGCUUUUUAGAUCUACUCAUCACGACUUAGUUUAGUGUUCCUUAUUAAUCCAGUUUCCACUUUCGCGUAAAGUGUUCGGAUCGAAAACUACAAUUGUUAACUUUUGAAAGUGCUAAAAUUA